AUGAGUUGGAUGUUCCUCAGAGACCUCCUAACUGGAGUAAAUAAAUACUCAACCGGAAUUGGGCGGAUUUGGCUGGCUGUUGUGUUCAUCUUCCGUUUGCUGGUCUACAUGGUGGCAGCAGAGCAUGUGUGGAAAGAUGAGCAGAAAGAGUUUGAGUGCAACAUUAAACAGCCUGGUUGCGAAAAUGUGUGUUUUGAUCACUUCUUCCCCAUUUCCCAGGUCAGACUUUGGGCCUUACAGCUGAUCAUGGUCUCUAUGCCUUCACUUCUUGUGGUUCUACAUGUAGCCUGUUGUGACAGUAGAGAGAAAAGGCACAGAAAGAAACUCUAUGUCAGCCUAGGUGUGAUGGAUGGGGGUCUGUGGUACACUUACCUGAUCAGUCUCAUUGUUAAAACUGGUUUUGAAAUUGGCUUCCUGGUUUUAUUUUACAAGCUGUAUGAUGGCUUUAGUGUUCCGUACCUUAUGAAGUGUGAUUUGAAGCCUUGUCCCAACACUGUGGACUGCUUCAUAUCCAAACCCACCGAGAAAACGAUCUUCAUCUUCUUCUUGGUUAUUGCCUCAUGCCUGUGCAUUGUGUUGAAUUUCAUUGAACUGAGCUUUUUGGUUCUCAAGUGCCUUAUUAAGUGCGAUCUCCAAAAACACUCUAAGACACUCAAGUCUUCAGUGUGUGAGUGCCACAACCUCAGAUAUGUUGAAUGUGGUGGGAUAGGGGCUCCUCCCCUGCUCCAGAAUUGCCACUCAGACUCAGCCAUAAGCACACUGCACACCCCUGAACCCCCUCCCUCCCGAGGUAAAACAAAACUGCUUUGUGAUACACAAGAGGGUUGGCAAGGAGAAUCUGCAUCCUUCCUAAGCAAGACCUAA